CCAGAGCCCCGCAUGUUGCGGUGACGUCACGGGCCUCGCUGCUGCUGCUGCUGGGAGCCGAGCGCGGAGCUGCCACCACCGCCGCCACCGUGCUGAUGCUGAUAGCGCAGAGCGUAGAGGUGGUUAUGACAUUUGGGCUCACGACAACAAACAUUGCUUAGAGGAGAAACAUGGAACGUGCGGUGCUGGCCGCUCAGAGUCAGUCUUCCCUGCUGUGCUGUCCAGCCCGACAAGGAAACUCGGCGCCCCUGCUACUGGACGCUGCCUCUCACCUUUGUGGCCAAGACCACGAAUACACGUUCUUCUAGAUCAGACCUAAGUUAAAAAUAAUUUGGGAUGAUUGAACCGGAAGAAUUGCCUCUAGUGAUUGAUUCGGACAUCCAAAGCAAAGUCCCCGUGGUUGUGGAGAUCAUCCCAGCAAAAGGAACGGAUCGCCCAUUUGUAAGAAGAGAUCUUGUAAAUCCAGAACUACCACUGCAAGCUGGGACAGUCAGCCCUUUGCAUCAGCUGUCUGGUGGCGACUUAGCUCAAAUCAAGGUAAAUAAUUCACUGACUAUGGUCAAAUCUGGUGGCCAGGGCAUCCAAGGGAGAGCUGAGACAGCUCGCCAGCAGCAGCUGGGAGUUAUGAUAUCUUGUGGGCGACCGGGGUCGGACAAUGACCGUGUCGUCUAUUACGCAACAAAAGACGACGGGCCAGCUGGUGAUUCUGGGCCGCAGGCUGGGCGGCAGACACCUAGAGCGUACGUCGAGAUGCCCAAUGUGAUAGAUGCAGAGAUGAGCGCAGUGGAGCCCGCAAAGGCGACAGCAUCCCCACUGACCCAGGACCUGAAUUAUGCUGAGUUUGCGGACGUGUCCCAUGGAGACGAAGAAGAGGAUGGAGAAGGAAGAGAAGGAGCAGGCGGAAUGAAGGCCAGGGCACAUGGCAGCACAACGCACAGUCAGAGGCACGCCUGUGAGGAGGUCAAUGCGCAGGUGGACGGAGAGCAGCAACGUGAAGGGGAGCUGCCCGUCCACCCCCUGGAAAACUUCAGUCGGGAAGAGAGAGCCGAGGCUGACUCUCAGCUCGACCUUCCAGCAGACGCACAGAAACGCCAGCAGUCACAGGUGCAGUCAAGAAAGAGAGCCAAGUCGGGUGUCAAGAUGAAGCUGGUGCGGAGCCUGGCGGUGUGUGACGAACCGUCUCCUCCCCUGGUGGACGGCGACAGCCAAGAGAGCCAGGAGCCUCAGUUGGACAACAGAAACAGGAAAGAAGAGGAGAGGCCAUGCAAGGAGGGCUCCGGCAAGGAUAAACUAGCAGAGAACGUUCUGAGUGACAAACCCGAAAAGGCGGCUCCCAAGGGACAGAAAGUACUCUCCCGAGAUUCUAGCCAGGACUACACUGACUCAACGGGUGUGGACGUGCACGAGUUCUUGGUGAACACGCUGAGAAACAACCCCAGAGACAGAAUGAUGCUUCUGAAGAUGGAGCAGGAGCUCACCGACUUCGUACAAGACCACAAGCAACACUAUAGGAAAUUCCCACCGAUGACGUCGUACCACCGCAUGCUCGUGCACCGUGUAGCUGCCUACUUCGGGAUGGACCACAACGUGGACCAGACGGGCAAGGCCGUGGUGGUGAACAAGACGCCCAGCACGCGCAUCCCUGAGCAGAGGUUUUCGGAGCAUUUUAAAGAUGAUGGUCCGUGUGAUGAAGCUCAGAAGCGUUUCAUUCUAAAGAGGGACAACUCCAGCUUGGACAAAGAUGACAUGCAGCGCAUCCGGCUACUGCAGGGCGAGCGGCGCAGCAAGUCAAUUGAGGAGCGGGAGGAGGAGUACCAGCGUGCCCGAGAGAGAAUCUUCGCUCAGGAUGCCAUAUCUGCGCAGGACACUCCUCAGAUUGAAAUCAGAAUCCAGGAGGAUGGCAGCACCCCUAAUAGCACUCACAAACGGCGGCAAAUUUUUAGAAGCCGGAAGGACAGCGGGCGGCUCUCCAACGGGGGGCGACAGAGCAGCACUGACACGGAGUUGAGGCCCUCGGAGCCCCGGCCCUGGAGCAGCACAGACUCGGAGAGCUCGGGCCACCGGCUGUCACGGCCAGCCGUCACCAAGGCCAGUAGCUUCGGCGGCAUCUCGGUCCUGGUACGCGGGGACAGCACCUCGAGCAGCAACAAGAGCUCUGUGGGACGGCUCUCCAAAACCGGCUCGGAGUCAUCCAGCAGUGUGGGGUCGUCCUCAGGCUCGCUUGCUCGCCCUGCCGAGACAUCCACCACAGCCGCCCCCAGUGUCCCAGGCCCCGUGCCCGGUGGCCUCGUUGGCUCGGGAGGGAUGGCCGUUGGGAUGGGCCCGCCCGCCGCCAGCGGCCCCAGCUAUUACCUGCUGCACCUGGACUCAGCCGGCAUUCCACCUGGCAGCAUUCUCAUAAACCCACAGACAGGGCAGCCACUGCUGAAUGCGGAUGGGUCCCUGGCAGUGUACAACCCUCCCACCGGGCAGGUACAGCAACCGCAGCAGCAGCAAAUAGCCACACAGAUGGUGGGGCCUGGUACCUGUCAGCAGUUGCUCCACCAACGACCAAAUCCACAGCAGAGACAGCAACUCCCCCACCAGGCCGCACAGUGCGUGGCACUCGGGUCCCAGCCUGGCUCAUACCCACUGGCAUCCUACGCUCCCAGCACAGCCACCCACCACCCUGCGGCCCCCACGCAGCCGCUAAUGCCUGUACUUCACACCCAGCAGCAGCAGCAGUACCACACGCCAGAGGAGCUGGGCCCACACUUUGGCCAGAUGAGCCUGAAUCGGCAGACGUCGGGUGACACGCUGGAUGCCAUGCAGCCGCACGGCCACGCGGCCAUGUGCCCUGUCAUGGUGCAGGGCUCCCAUCAGCCUGCCUACAUCGGAGUGUCUGGCAUCUCAGGCCUGCUGCACCAAGGGGGCUUCCACAUGGGAGCAUCAGCAGGACCCACAGGGCAGGGCAGUACUGGGCAGCAGCCAGGCCUGCAGCAGCACCAGCAGCAGCAGGGCUAUGGGCAGGCCCAGCAGCAUGGUCAGAUGACCGUUUACUUCUGCCCUCCAUCCCCAUAUCCUCCACCGGGGCAGCAGUACCGGGGUGGAGCUACCAUGCAGUAUAGUGGUUCUCGCGGCCAGCAGCCGAGUUAUCAGCCCGUGGGUGCGGUGCCACAGCCUGCCUACGUGAGCAUGCAGCCGCCGCCGGGCCAGGGCAUGAUGCCGGGGCAGCAGGGAGGCCUGGCGCACCCCAUGCCUGGGGCCCUGGGAAGUCCAGUGCAGGGGCCCGUUGGUAGCACCUUGCAAGGGAUGAUGAGCCACUACCCUCCGAUGUCGGCGUAUCACAUGGCUCAGGCUGCCCCCUUGGGGCCCGUGCCCCCACCCCCUCCCCCUCAACAGCAGUACCAACAGCCCGUGCUCCUCAGUGGACAGCCCCACGGCACCAUGCCUCCCAUGUUCUGCAGCAUGGGCCAGCCGGCCCUGCAGAGCAAUCUCAGUGGUUCAGUUCUAGGCUACCUGCAGCCCCCUGGCAUGGAGCAGCUGCAGUUUCCAAGAACUCAGUCCCCUGCCGCCUCCCAACCCCCACACGGGCAGCACUACGCAGUGUUCGGCUACGUACAAGGACAACGGCCGCCCUCGCCACUCGUGCAGCAGCAUCAACAUCAUCACCAUGGGCUGGCGCAGGCUCACAGGGGCCCGUCCGCAAGCCACGUUCCAGCGGGACUCUCUGGAGGCCCACCUACUGCCGCGCCAGCAUCGCACAUGGGCUCUAAGUCCCCGCCCACGGCGCUCACCCUCGUGCCAGGUCUGUCGCCGGGAGGGCAUGGCGUGUUCCUGAUGCAGCUGAGUCUGCCGAGUGGCGCCCACCCAGCGCACGCACCGUCUCCCACGCGCUGGGGCCAACGCCGAGGCCUGAGCCUCGACCAGAGGCUGCCUCGGGGAGCCGAGUUCAACCACGCCGACUUCCCUGUCCAGGGAAGCCCUCACCUCCACAGCCCCAUGCUGUCGCCGUCGCAGUCGCCCUCUUCCACUCCGCUGGCCGCCCUGGGCUCCAUCCGCUCAGGACUCCUGCCCUUGCCCAUGGUGCAACACCGGCAUAUUGCGCCCAUGCAUGGCGAUAUCCGAUAUCCACUGCUGGGCCCUCAUUUGCAGUACAACUCCCAGCCGUGCAGCUUGCAGCCACAGACCCCACACUCCAUGUCUAUGCAGCAGGUGAGACUUGGCGGACGAGGGAGGCGGAUGCCACACAAAGCACUCUCUGAGGACGCCAGCUCCGUGGAGCCAGCAGUGCUGGGCGGGGGUACCACGCUGGAGGUGACCGACCUGCCGGCUGGCAUCUCUCGCUCCGAGGUUGACUCGCUCCUCAGCAAGCUGUCAGCCGCCGGUGGUGAGCUGCACUGGUUCAGGGACGCCAAGUCGGAUGACGUAGUGGCCACCGCCAUUCGUCCCAACAGACAUUACGGCGCCGCCAGUGACGUGACUAAGCCUCAGUGGGAGGCACCAGCCAGGGACUGCACGCCGCACUGGGAAUCGAGCGAGGCCUCCACGCGUGGUGCCGCCGCCGUGCCAUUGCAGCCGAAUGCGCACAGGAAGGCGGCGAACCCUGCGACGGCGCCCAAGCACGCGCACUCCAACGCUGUGAGCGCGUGCCAGGGGAAUGGCGCGUACCCCGACACAAGCAGCCAGGGGCACGGCAAGAGCGAGGUGAAGCCCCACACGGGCACCGAGCCCAACCAGAGGCACGGCGAUAGCAAGGGGCAACAGCAGCAGGACGUGGCAGACCAGCGUGACCGGGACUGGGCCUCCAACUACAAAGUAGUGGUGGUGUUCCCCAGCCACCAGCAGGCCCAAGCUGCCUUGGCCAGGCUUGGCCACGGCUCCAACAAAGGGUAUCGAUUGAGGUCGUUCUGGUACCGUUACAAGGAACUGGCCCCCAUGGAGAGGGCCAGUGCCCUAGAGAGGGCCAGCUCACACUAGCGCAGAGCGACCUGGCCACGGUGAAGACCCACACGCGCGCACACUCUUAUGCACGUGUAAAACCACACGCGGGAUCGAAACGAGUAAAUAUAUACUCUUUGGUUCUUUCGGUAAAGUCACGUAGAAAAAUAA